CUCAUGGUAGGCGUAGCCAAGACGAAUUUCGGCAAGACGGCACGACUUACAGUAUACAGUAUGUGCUUGUAGUCUGUGGAAAGCACGCGUGACACAGAACACCCGUCAGGAUUGCAGUUGACAUGUGUUCACUUCAUGCCAUGAUCCUCGAUGGUUGACAUGGCCAAACCAUCCAUUUGGAGCAUCGAGGCCACUUGUCCAAGAACAGUUGCUCGCCAGGACCCAUGCAGUGUGCGCCGGAGUCAAAGUCACCUUAUUCUUUUCUGGGAGGUGGCAGCACCAAGGAUCCGGGCGCGUGAGUUCCUCACGGUGGAUUUGUCCAAGAGAUCCUUGGCCACGUCCUUUCAGGCGGAGCAGGAAGUGGUGGAACAUGACUGUGGGUAUUGCUUGGCACCUGGAGAGAAGAGAUGUUGCGAGUUCCAAGAAGAAGGUAGUUGUCAGACGUGCUGCGCGGAGCACUACACGGAACCCUACUGCAUGUUGAAUUGCCAGAAGAUGUGCCGGCGAGGCAUGUUUAAGGCCUUUUCGGGUGGCAAGAGGAAUGUGCCGGUCUGCCCCAGCAGUGGCCCUGUGAAGGCCCUCGAGGCCUACGACUUGGAGAAGGUGGAUGGGAAGUUUCUGAACCCCUACUUGGACUGGAAAGGUUCCAAAUUUGAGAAGGAGUGGCUCGAAACCCAUCCCCUGGAGCUGCCUGCUCCAACGACGUCGGAGCAAUGACCUCCGGCUGCGGCGAGUGCGGCGAUCAAAA